AGGUCCCGCCCCCACGGUGUCGGCGGCGUCGAGGCGGGAGCGUUGGGAGCCAUUGCUGCUGGCGGCGGCCGGGCCGGGCCUCUGAUCGCCGAGUGAGGGAACCCGCUCACAUCCCCCGGGGAGGAGAAGGUGUGGAAUAAAGCGCGGGAGCAGCAGCACACAGACCCCCGUCACCUCACAUCACCUCACACCGAAGCAGCGGAGAGAAGAGAGGCCCGAUGGCGGAUUUCGCGGCGGCUACUGCGGCGCCUCCGCACACCAUGGGUGCCGGCGCGGCCGGGCCCGGAGCGGGCGGCGCCUCCUUCAAAAAGCCCGACGCCUUCGCCGACGCUGUGCAGCGGGCCCGCCAGAUAGCUGCUAAAAUUGGAGGUGACACUGCCACAACGGUAAACCACAGCACACCAGAAUUUGGAUUUGUUGGUCAAAAGAGACAACUGGAAGAUGGAGAUCAGCCGGAGAGCAAAAAAAUGGCAGCACAAAGCGAUCCAAUUGGAGCUCAGCUUGCAGCCAUACAUCAGCAAAGGGCAACCCUUACAGAGGAUUACAGAGUGCCAGAUGGGAUGGUUGGUCUUGUUAUAGGUCGAGGUGGGGAACAGAUAAACCGAAUACAGCAGGAAUCUGGUUGCAAAGUACAGAUUGCUCCAGGGCCAAAUUGUGAUGAAAGUGGAGGUAUGCCAGAACGAUGCGUCUCGUUGACUGGGAAUUCGGAGUCAAUUCAGACGGCGAAGAUGCUACUGGAUGAGAUCGUGUCCAGAGGACGAGGUGGGCCACCGGGCCAGUCUCAUGACUCUACGAAUGGCCAAAGUGGAUCUAUUCAGGAGAUAGUCAUUCCAGCAGGGAAGGCUGGACUAAUCAUUGGUAAAGGUGGAGAGACCAUCAAACAACUUCAGGAACGUGCUGGAGUGAAGAUGAUUUUAAUCCAAGAUGGUUCACAAAGUGCGAACAUAGAUAAACCACUCCGGAUUAUUGGCGAUCCUUUUAAAGUCCAGCAAGCUCGAGACAUGGUGAUGGAGAUCCUCCAUGAACGUGACCAGGGAGGAUUUGGAGACAGGAAUGAGUUUGGCAACCGUGGUGCUGGUGGUGGGGGUGGUGGUGGUGGUGGCGGCGGCGCUGGUGGUUUAGAUGUUCCAGUUCCGCGGCAUUCGGUGGGAAUAGUGAUUGGAAGAAGUGGAGAAAUGAUCAAGAAGAUACAAAAUGACGCAGGAGUCCGAAUACAGUUCAAACCAGAUGAUGGAUCUACGCCUGAUAAGAUAGCGCAUGUAAUGGGGCCUCCAGAAAGAUGCCAGCAUGCUGCACAAAUAAUUACUGACCUUCUGCAGAACGUGCGGGCUGGGCCAUCCGGUCCCCCGGGUCCUGGAAUGCCUGGCCCUGGCCGAGGAAGGGGCAGAGGUCAAGGCUCAUGGGGCAUGGGCCCCCCUGGAGGAGAGAUGGCCUUCUCAGUCCCCAGCCACAAGUGUGGUUUGGUCAUUGGCAGAGGUGGGGAAAAUGUGAAGGCAAUCAACCAACAGACCGGUGCUUUUGUGGAACUGCAGCGGCAGCCCCCUCCCAAUGGUGAUCCCAACUUCAAACUCUUCACCAUCCGUGGAUCCCCCCAACAGAUUGAUCAUGCCAAGCAGCUCAUUGAGGAAAAGAUAGAGGGUCCUUUGUGUCCUGUCGGCCCCCCGAUGCCUGGUGGCCCCAUGGGACCUUUCCAACCAGGACCCUUCCCCCAAGGACCCCCAGGAGCCCCUCCUCCCCAUCCUGUUGCCGGUGGCCCGCCUCCUCCACACCAAUAUCCUCCUCAAGGCUGGGGAAACACGUACCAACAGUGGCAGCCGCCUGGACCCCAUGACCCAGGCAAACCUCCUGGGGAUCCGAAUGCUGCUGCCUGGGCUGCCUAUUACCAACAGUAUUAUCAGCAGCCUGCCGCGCCCGUCCUACCCCAACAGCCAGCUGCUGCUCCACCAGGGCCAGAUCCUUCACAGCAGCCUCCUGUGCAAGGGCCCGGAAGUCAACCUGAUUACACUAAAGCAUGGGAAGAAUAUUAUAAGAAACUAGGCCAACAGAACCAGCCUGGCCAGCAGCCAGGUCCUCAACAGGAUUAUACAAAGGCAUGGGAGGAGUACUAUAAGAAACAAGCUCAGAGUGCCCAGGGGGCGGCAGCGGCGGCAGCAGCAGCACCACCACAGCCUGGAGCCCAGCCCGAUUACAGCGCAGCCUGGGCUGAGUACUACAGGCAGCAGGCCGCCUACUACGGGCAACCAGGGGCGCCACAGCCCGCCCCCCAGCAGCCGCCCGCACAGCAAGGGCAACCGACUCCUCAUCCCGUCAACAUGUGGCCUCAUCUGACCGACCAAAAUGUAAUACCUCACACUCGGCUAUAUUGAAAUUCAUUUGCCAUAGCAAUGCAUCCUCUGACAGGAUGGGUUCCCUGUUGUGUCAUCCCACUAAUUUCCACAUUAAAUAUUUUCUCUCCCACAGACACAGUGAAGCAAACGGGGACGAUUGCAGUAUCGUCGGGAAGAAUAUUCCUUUUAACAAUGAUGCAGACUGAUGAAGAUCCAUAGGCUUAGGUUCCCUAUCACUGUUUAAAGAAGUUCAUAUUGAGCCAGUGUAGGAGAUAGAUUAAGCUCAGCUCCAACUUCAGAUUCAGUCCGUCUACAGGAGAAAAAAAAACAAAAAAAAUGGAGGGGGAAAAGUGAAAAAUUCAGGGUAAUACUUUUUGUUUUUAUUUUAAAUAUAGAUCACUCGGCUUUUAGUUGAAGAUAGUUGAACAUUCCAGACAAUGUACUGUUGAAAUCAAAUCCAUUACACUGAAAAUGGCUGCUGGUCUGUUUUUUGCAUCUUGUUGUCUGUUAAGGUUUAAAAAAACAAUGUAAGCUUGGUUUUUACUUUUUAUCGCUCGUUUUACACUUCACAAUAAAUGAUAUUAAAACAGUG